GGAUAAUUUCCGGUUCGCUUCUAUCCAUGCUGGUUUCAUCACGUAUUUGCUAAGAAUUAGUCUUGAACAAGAACUGGGACAUGGCACAGACUUUUUUAAACACACUUGGCAAAAUUGGAUUGGGCCUAGCUGUUACCGGUGGUGUUAUUCAAACAGCUCUGUAUAAUGUGGAUGGUGGUCACCGAGCGGUGAUAUUUGACCGUUUUCGUGGAGUCCAGGAUCUGGUGUCAGGGGAGGGAACUCAUUUCCUCAUCCCGUGGGUGCAGAGGCCAAUUAUCUUUGACAUCCGUUCCCGUCCACGCAAUGUUCCAGUCAUCACAGGAAGCAAAGAUCUGCAGAAUGUGAAUAUCACUUUAAGGAUUUUAUUCCGACCAAUGGCAGAUAAGCUACCCAAAAUUUACACCAACCUUGGCCAAGACUAUGAUGAUCGUGUUCUGCCAUCCAUUACAAAUGAAGUCCUCAAAUCAGUAGUGGCUCAGUUUGAUGCCAGUGAAUUGAUCACCCAGAGAGAGCUUGUUUCACAGAAAGUCAAUGAAUCACUUACAGAGCGAGCUUUCGGCUUUGGUCUCAUCUUGGAUGACAUUUCAUUGACUCACUUGACAUUUGGUCGGGAAUUCACAGAAGCUGUGGAGCUCAAACAGGUUGCACAGCAAGAUGCAGAAAGAGCAAGAUUUGUUGUUGAAAAAGCGGAGCAGCAGAAGAUCGCAGCCAUCACGAUGGCGGAGGGUGACUCGACGGCGGCGAUCCUGAUGGCGAAGGCGUUUGCUGCCACAGGGGAGGGGCUGGUGGAGCUGAGGAAGAUCGAGGCGGCCGAGGACAUCGCCUACCAGCUGUCGCGGGCACGUAACGUCGUCUACCUGCCCAAGGGACAGCAAACCCUGCUCUCACUGCCGCAGUAGGGGUACACUGCAUGGAGGGACACGAGACAAUAGCACUUGUAAAAGACUUGAACUACCCAGUGUGAGAAUGUUUCUUUGUAGUCUUCAUGUAAAGUAGAUGGUGCAGCUGCUGGUCAGUCAGUGACAGGUCACCUUAGACAUGCUCCAUACACUUUUUGAUAAGAGAGUAAGUAAGCAGUGUGAGAUCACUUUCCAUUAGAUUGCCGAGCUGCUGUGUUGUCAUCAACAAUUCAUUACAGACUACAGGAAAUGACCUGACAUUACGAAUUCCCUCUACAGUGUGCAUAAGAUGUGUUGUGUUUUAUAUAAAUACAUAAAAACUGUUGAUACAAUAUAUUUACUAAAAUCGUGUAUGCAUUAA